AUGGUCGAUGUUCAUGUAGAAGUUGGACCUGGUUUAGCAAAUUCACAUAAAUCUAGGGGAAGAUGUGGUAAUCCUUGGAAUACCCUUAAUCUAGGGGCGCGGGAUGUUUACUUAACAGCAAUCAGUUUGGUCACCAGAAUGAUCUGUAACGUAACCAGUGAGGCAGAGAAUGGACACCCGCGGUGGAGUUGCGAUAUCGGUUACUUCAAAUGUGAGCAGUUACGGUUGGUAUUGUUGUGGCAAUGUGAUAAUGAUGAUAUACGCUAUAUGAUAUACGAUAUGAUAUGUGCUAUUAUAUGUAUACCAUGUGACUGA